AAGCAACUACGUGGUUGCGGUCCAGCGAGCGGUCAAGCACGACGGUACUCACGGUGAUGACGGGCGCGUGUCCCCUGCCGUUUGGUUAGAGCGACGAGACCGCCGCGCGGCAUCACGACGAGCCGCUCGAGAGCGCGAGAUCGACACCGGCAUCUCGGAUGGAAGAUUCGCUCGGCCGUUCCCGAUUGAGCGAUCGCGAAUUGCCCGAGGAGACGACGAGACGGUGAUCAUGGUGAGCGCGAGCAGUGUCGUGGCGCAUCUCGUCAAGCUGCUGGUGACUGCGGUAUGCAUGAGACAUCUCGCCGAGCCGUACCGGGCGAAGGCCCUGCCGAUUACGUGGUCCCUGCGUGCCUUUCGAAUCCUCUUCAUGCAUUCGAUCCUGGGGAUCUUCAGAUUCGGAAUCCCAUUUACUUCGUCAUCGACACCUUCAGCAAGAUGCUUCCGAAGUUUUUACGAUUGGUUUUCCAACGUCAUUGAAAUCGUUCCUUUGGCACUACUGACGUCUGGUAUAUUAAGUGCAUAUCAGAUAGAUGAAAAGAUUCGUAUGCUAUUACUGUUUCUUGGUACAGUACCGAUAUUCUUUCCACUAGCGAUGAAGCACAAGGAAAGCCAAAUCAGGAAGCUACGUUUUUUGACCAAUAUCACUGUCGUGCUGCAGAUAUUGGCGAUAACGAUACUCGGCUUGAAAAACGACAAUUAUAAUGUCAUUAGUUUAGUCGCUUCCUAUACUUUUGAACGUUUCUUUGUAGAGGAAUUUUGCUAUCGGUACAAUAUACCGUAUACCGAUCUGAUGCAGUAUUGCAUAUGCUUUGUGGAAGUUUUUACGGUAUCAACGCUGAAGGAAUUGUAAGAAAUAUGAAACUAACUUUGGCUAUUCAACGUUCUAUAUUUCAGACAACUAUCAUUCGAGAUUCCACAUACUGUCUGGUCAUACGUACUUGAUAUAAAAAAAUGUCAAUUCUCAAGGUGGUAUAAAAAAGUCUAUGCUGUCUAUUGGUUGUCGUGUAACAAUUGUUCGAUAAUAGAUGACCCUUAUGAUGUAUAACGAUAGCGUCAAUUUUGCUAUCAGCUUGCAAAUUAAUUAACAACGGAAUAUAAAUUUAAGUGCAAUUUUCAUAUGUAAUUUACAUGUGUCAGAAAGUAUCGCCAAUUUAUCAAAGCGAGAUAUAAAUUGCAAUCUAUAUGUAAGUAACGUGCGAAAAUCGUAUCACUCUUUUUAUCUCCUUUACAUAUUUAUUUCUACACAGUAAGAAAAUGAAAUUUGUGAUUUUCUUGUAGCAAUUUGAUACAUUUUAUACGAUACAAUUAAGUUUUAGCGAGAAGGAACAGCUUUCUGACACAAUUAAUAUAGUUGAUUAAAAAACGAUCCGAAGUGUAUGCCAAAUAUCAGGGAUUUACCGAGUGCUCUUUUUAAUAAACAGGUUAAAAAGGGCGCACGAUAAAUCAUCCAUGAAUACAAUUUGUAUAGUCAACUUUUUUACUUGUAUAAGACUUGUGUAUGGAAAGAUAAUAUUUGGUCGGCCUAUUUAAAUAUUGGAGAAACACGCAAAUGAUUGCAAGUAUGAUCUUUUCAUAAAUAAUAACGACUGAUGACGAUCGUCUAAUAUUAAUAUUUAGCAAUGUGCAAAUAUAUAUUAAUUGUUUGUUAUCUUGAUUUAUCAUUUAGGCGGAGAUUUUUCGUCUAACUAGAAGUUUUAAGAGAACGAUCUAUUCCGAUAACGACACCAUCAAAGUACAAUUUUCCAACAGAAUGGUCGCUCCAGUUUCAAGACUUGCGUACUGUAAUUUAUAUUUACUGCAAUUUAUAUAUCAGGAUUGUAUAUCACGACAUUUUGUCUAUCAUAUUUUGAUAUGUGAUCUAUGGUAAUUAUUUUCUCCCGCAAGAUUUUGCUACGAAUUUACCGAAAAUGUACCUUGUCUUUUUAAAAUAUAAAAAUUUUUCUUACUAA